GUCCAGUUCGCUUAGCUAAUCCUCCCUAAACGGUCUUGCGCGCGUUAAUAUUAUUUAUUAAUAAUUGCAAAUCUAAUGGGUAGCAGCUCUCACAAAACCUGAUCAGCCUCCUUGCCUCGAUGCUCAAACGACAGAGAGCCCCAUCGCCACGAGCUUCUGCGUCGAGCAAUGUCCCUCUGGUAGCUGAUGACUCCCCUCGCCAAAAGCGCAGACGAAUCUUGCCACCUGCCCUUGAUGGAAACGUUCGUGGCAGGAUCUGGGAGGAUAGUGGCGAGGACGAUGGGGAGGAGGACUACGAAAGCGCCGAUGAGGAAGGGCAGGAUCAGGGAGAGGGUAGGGGCUCUUUGGAAUACAAGUUUGCGAACAGCAUGUUGUAUGAACUGCACGCUUUGAACCGCCAUCGACAAGCAUUUACAGCUUCAAGUCACCAGCAUUGGCCGUACGGGCUCCCUUCUACGCAUCCAGGAAAAGGUGGCUCUAUGGCACCGGCUCCUCGUGUUCAUCAUAACGAGGCAAAGACCUUUCCUCAGGAGUCAAGUGGCGCAGGAAACCUAUCGGCAGACGAGCUACAGAAGGUCACACAGCGCUACGAGGAAACCAACAAGCGUCUGGGUGUACUUUUUCUGUCACGACGAAAAGAAUUGGAGGACAAGGAGUGAAGAAAAUCACUCGUGUUCUUUUCUCUAUCCGCAUCGCAUCAGCAUUCUCAACGUUGUAUAAUAUCAUCCUAGCACUCGUUAUGUCUGUUUACGCAAUAUGAUUUCACCCAAGGAUACCAUCACACUCAUAGAGCGAUGCCAGGCUUCUUGCCAAGAAUGACCUGCAACUCGUCGUUUAAUAAUUCACUCAGUGUCUUUUCGUCACGCCAGUACCACCAGCUGUUGUCGAAUUCACUGUAGUCGUAGCGUUUUGGUCCGCUAAUAAGAUGAAUUGAGUGUUACCAUCCAGAUUACUGUGAAUGAUAACAUCGUACCUUUGGGGCGAGGAAAGCCAAAU